AUGGAGGUGGAGGAGGAGGGAAAACGCUCUCCAAACUAUCGUGGGGGAGCGUGUGUCCCCGAGAGCCUCUUUGAUCGCGUAACUCUUGCGUUACGCGGCGACCUCGAGCAUGAGCGGGACAGGCGUCUUCAACUGGCAGACACUGUCUUGAAGCAUCGAGCUGAGUUUGCAUUUGCUCAGCUUGAGAACGAGAGAGCUCUGACAUCUCUUAGUGACGAGCUAAGGGUAGCUCGUGUGGAUAUCGACCGGUCUCGGGCUGAGAUAACUGCUCUUCAGACCCUUGUCGAUGCCCACCAUCGGGAGCACAAGGCUCUCUGCGAGAUGCUUGAGCGCAAGGGCGUUCUUCAUCGGAAGAAGCAGCGUUCUGAUGGUACGGCUUAA